AUGCAUGAAGCACAGAUGGGAGUAGGUAGCAAUGCAUUUUAUCUGGACGACUUCCUCAUGCUCGAUUCUGCUGUAUUAGAUGCCUCUCUGGAUUUCCACGAUGCAUUUGAGCUCGGAAACAUUUAUGAGAUCGAGAGAUUCUUUACUGAACAGCACAAAGAUACUAGAAGCAGCCAGCAGCUGCAUCCAUUGCAUAAUGAUUUGUACCACGAUCCACCUAUUCACAGCGAUUUAAUGGUGGAUGAUCUGCCAGACUCCACAGACAUUUACAAGCCUGUAAGGAUCCGCGGCAUUGGAAUGCUGAGAGAAGGAUACUGCGAAAUAUGCAAGACAUGGCUUAGGCUCAAGACAAGCAGCUACUGGUAUCAUAUGAACUACAAGCAUGGGAUUAAUUCAAGAGGAGUGAAAUAUCCAGAACCACAGAUCAGAUCUGUUGGAUGCCGUACAGAAAGCUUUUGCACAGUAUGUGAUAAGUGGAUUGCACUGGGAAGCAGUAAGCACGGCAAGUCUGCAAAGUUUGGUUGGUUCAAACACUGUCAGAAAGUCCAUAAAUAA